UCCUAGGGUGGAACCAAGAAAAUAAAACAGCUGGAUGUCAGGUCGCGCCGCCUGGACCACCGAAAUGCGCUACCUAGAAGUGUGGUGGGCACCAGCGCUCGCUUCUGUGUGGGCUGUGAGAGUGCUUCUUGGGGUUCGGAGGGGAAGAGGCUUGUAAGGUUCUUGCUUUUCCAAACCGGGAAGAGUGCACAGAGCCAGGGGACAUCAGCCAUGCUCCAAACCACUUGGCCUCAGGAGCCAGUGACCUUUGAGGACGUGGCUGUGUACUUCACCCAGAACCAAUGGGCCAGCUUGGACUCUGUGCAGAGGGCCCUGUACAGGGAGGUGAUGCUGGAGAAUUAUGCAAACGUGGCUUCCCUGGUGUCUCCAUUCCCCAGACCUGAUCUGAUCUCCCAGCUGGAGAGAGGGGAAGCUCCAUGGGACCCCAAUCCCUGGGAAGCAGAGGAUUUGAGAGGCAUCUGUCCAGGUGGUGAGAGGGGCAUCAAGACAGAAGAGCCAGCAGUAGAGCAGCAAGCUUCUGAGGGCACAGAGGCCCACGGCAGGCCCGUGGGAGGGCUUCUCAUGAACACGUCUCAGCACUUGGAUUUUGAAAGCAAGGCAGUGUGGCAGACUUUCAAUCUGAAUCCCAAUCUGAUACUUCGAGGCGGCAUGAAGUUCUACAAAUGUAAAGAAUGUGGGAAGAUCUUCCGAUACAACUCAAAGUUCCUUCGGCAUAAGAGGAGCCACACUGGGGAAAAGCCCUUCAAGUGCAAGGAGUGUGGCAAAGCUUUCAAGUCCAGCCAGAAUUGUAUCAUACAUGAGAAAAAUCACAUUGGUCAAGGACCCUAUGAAUGUAAGGAGUGUGACAAAGGUCUGAGUUCCAAAGCCGCCUUGACCCAGCACCAGUGGAUCCACACGGGGGAGAAGCUCUAUAAGUGUAAGGAGUGUGGGAAGGCGUUCACCCAGAAGAUCACCUCCAUUCAGCAUCAGAGAGUUCACACCGGAGAGAAAGCCUUCAAGUGGUACCCCAGCUUUCUUCAGCAUCAGAAAAGGCACCGUGUGGAGAAGCCCAUCAGGGCGCUCGGGCCGCCCCUGCUGCGUCCCCAGGACCCCUCUGCACCCUCAGCUCCCGGGCGUCUCCAGGGCCCGGGCUCUGCUCCUGCUGUGGCCGUUGCCUUGCCACACGCCAUCCUCACUCCUGCCUCCGGGCCCGUGUUCAUGCUGCUGCCCGCCGCUGGGGUGCUUUCGUCCCCUGUCCAAAUAGUUCUUGUCUUCCAGGGUCUUCCUCCCGCUGUGAAGCCUUCCCCAGUUAUUCUGACCCCUGCUCCUCACCCCCCGUGA